UGCAAUAAAUUUUCAGAAUUUAUUGGUAUUAAGCUCAGAUUUUUUAUUUUAAUGCAGAAAUUACGCUUUGAAAUUAAUUAUUUGCUUAAUUUUUGCGCAAUUAUACUUUUUAAAUUCAAACAUGUUUCCGGUCCAGCUGAAUAAUGGUGGUUAGUUGAAGCUUUGCUGACUAGUAUCUUCAUUUGUAAUACCUGUUGCAAACAGCUUAUGGGUUAUAGAAUUGGUUUCUGAAGAUUAAAAGGAGUAAGUGUCUAGAUGAAUGUUAAUAGUGAUGGUGAAAAAGGUUUACGGGAACUAAAUCAUCGGCACUACGAUGGUAACAAGAGAACUACAAAUGGUGUCGUCGCUGACGAACAAGUGAUGCUGGAAGAAGAUGACCCAAAAGUUAACGAGAUUGCAAGAAAUGUAGUUGAUAGUCGUAUUAGGGCUGUUCAGGCUCCAGCCAUGCGGCAAAUGGCGCAGCCACAGCCUCAAAAUGCAAUGUGUUACUGGCAGAGGUUUCUGCAUCUAACAACGGUUACAGUUCUGCUUGUAGAAAAUGAUGAUUCUACUCGCCAUGUUGUCACUGCACUUCUGCGCAAUUGCUGUUAUGAUGUUAUUGAAGCUGCAAAUGUAUUACAAGCAUGGAAGAUAUUAGAAGAUUUGACCAAUCAUAUUGAUCUUAUACUGGCUGAGGUGGGAAUGCCGUCCUUAUCUGGUCUUGUUCUUUUGAGUAAGAUUAUGAGCCACAAAACACGUAAAAAUGUUCCUGUGAUCAUGAUGUCAUCUCAGGAUUCAAUGAAUCUAGUCUUUAAGUGUUUGUCAAAAGGCGCUGUUGACUUUUUAGUGAAGCCUAUUCGAAAGAAUGAGCUUAAGAACCUUUGGCGACACGUUUGGAGGAGAUGCCAUAGUUCUAGUGGUAGUGGAAGUGAGAGUGGAACACAAACUCAAAAAUCUGUGAGAUCAAAAAGCGUUGAGAAAUCUGACAAUAACAGCGGCAGCAAUGACGAGGACAAUAACGGGGGCGAUGGUCUAAAUGUUGGAGAUGGUAGUGAUGACGGGAGUGGCACUCAGAAUUCUUGGACAAAACAAGCAGUAGAAGUAGACAGCUCCCGUCUAGUCUCAUCCUCAGAUAAAGUUGCUGAGUGCCCUGAUAGUACGUGUGCCCAAGUUGUCCAUUCAAAUGCAGAAGUAUCUGGGAACAAAGGGGUGCCGGUGGCUACAGCAAGGGGGUGCCAAGGACGAGAUGAACAGCUUGACAACGUUGCAAUGGGAAAAGACCUGCGUGUGGACAUGCCUAGAAAUUUAGAUUUACAACUAGAGUGUCCAGUUGAGGUCCCAAUCAGAACAGUUGGAACAAAACAUAUUAACCUGCUUGAGAUUAGCCCCAGUAAGUUCAAUGAAAAGAUUGAUAAAAGGCAGCUGGACCUCAAUAGUGAAGCCCCGUCAAGCAAACAGAAGUCCGAAGCAGCAAAUCAAACAGGCAUUACAUCUCUGACCUCUGAUCUUAAGAAGGAAAUUGCCGAGUAUGAGGCUUCAAACAGGCUUUCAAAAAUCUCGGAUGGCAAUGAUAAAACUGUCAAUGAUUCUAAAGAACUACCAUCUAUUGAACUGGGGUUGAAGAGACUUAGAGGAGUUAAAGAUGCUGGGACUGUAGUUAGGGAUGAGCGAAAUGUUUUGAGACGUUCAGACUCUUCUGCCUUCUCAAGGUAUAAUACUGCAGCAAAUGCAAACAAGGUUCCUGUUGUCAACACCGGAAGCUCAUCUGCACUUGAUAAUAAUUUAAAACUGACUAGAAAAGGAUCAGUAUGUGAUAAUCAUUCUCGUUUGGUUAAUGACCUUCCCAAUCAAAGCUCAAAUGUUGGCAGCAAUAACAUUGAUAUGGGCAAGCUAGCUGUAUCAUCCACUCUUUUCCAACCUAUGACAAAUGACCUUUUAAGUGGUGCUCAUAAAGUUGUGUUAGACAAGGGUGAUGAUGUAGCUACUACAGCAGGACCGGCUCAACCUAGAGGAACGCACCAAGAACUGCAAACGCAACACCCCCCAAACCAUUAUGAUCAACAUUGCCAUCUUACUCAUGGUAUGCAGCAACAGCAGCAGCCACCAGAACAUGAUUUAUCUUUGAAAAAACUAGCUGCGGACGCUCCUUAUUGUGGGUCGUCGAAUAUGUUGGGCGGGCUUGUUGAAGGAAAUGCUGGCAACUACAGUACCUCUGGUAGUAACCAUGGAAGCAAUGGGCCAAAUGCAAGUAGCAAUGCAGUCAAUACUUUCGGGGAAAACAUGGAAAGUAAUAACGGAAUAGCUGGGAAAAGUGGAAGUGGUGAUGCAAGUGGCAGCGGGAGUGGCAGUGGGAGCGGGAGCAGCAGCAGCAGCAGCAAAGCAGACCAGACCAAGUCUGCUCAUAGGGAAGCUGCAUUGACCAAAUUUCGUCAGAAAAGGAAAGAGAGAUGCUUCCAGAAAAAGGUUCGAUACCAAAGCAGGAAACGACUAGCAGAACAACGACCUCGCAUCAAAGGGCAGUUCGUGAGGCAAACACCGAACAAAAAUGAUCCAGCAUCCGAAAGCAAUUAAUGUGACGAAUAAUGGAGAAAACAAGCAGAACGAGAGAUAAAUCAAAUCCUCUUGCUGAUGCCACAAAGUGACUGGACUGGUCUAGACUAUUAGACAAUGUUAGACUCGAUGAGCUGUGUUUUAUUGCUAUAGACCAUCCCUCUUUUUUCGUUUGUUUUAUUUGUUGUUCUGGACUUAAAUUGCACAUUAGGGGAACCUAAUAAGACCCCAUUUGAUUUGGCUUGUGGAUUCAUGAACUUGUAUAGGAGACUUCGAAAACUUUUUUAAUCAUGUUAUGUCGGUUA